CGGAGGCGGAAAAGAGAGUAGGCGGCGCUCGGGGUGGUCACCGGAAGGCGGCAGACGCUCGGGUCAGGUCUCGCUGGCUUUCUGUGGCUUUGGUCGGGGCUGGGCUCCCCGUCAGGGGAAUGACUUUGACCGGCGCCUCCUUGAGGUCCUGCCGUAGCCGAAUGAGGGCGGCGGCGACUGUGAGUGUCACCCGGGCUCGGGUCUUCAGUCGCCCUCCCCGUGCCCGUCAGUCUUGUCGCACAUUGCCCAGGUGGUGGCUCCCCGCCCGCUCGCGGUGCUCUCCUCGCUCCUGAUUUUCUUUACACCUCGCCUUCUGGCGCCAGGCCUGCCCUGCCUCAGUUUCCCACCGUUCGUUCGUCGACUCGGGAAUUUUGCUCGAAAGGGAGGGUGAAAGGGCCACUUAUCUUUUAAGAGGAAGAGAAACUUCUCACCGGAAACAACAAGCGGGAAUUCUCAGCUCUGUUUCCAGCAAAGAGCUCAAGCUUCUGACUGUGGUAUGUCCAAAGUACCAGUAAGACUUCAGUAAGGAGUGCAGUGCUUAUGAAGUAAAUAGAACUCUGUGCUGAUCUCUUCAUUCCAUGGAUCCUUUGGGUGCUCCUUCCCAUUUUGUGGAUAUUGAUGGUUUGCCAGGCUGGGCUGAUCUUUAUGAGGCAAACCAGUUGAAGUCCUCUCCAAUUCCAGUUGAAGAAAACCAAGGUGAUGCUUCCUCGCCCUUCCCAUAUAGGAAAGACAUCAAUUCAAAAAUAAUAUUGUGGAAGGGGGAUGUAGCAUUGCUGAACUGCACAGCCAUAGUGAAUACCAGCAAUGAGUCUCUCACAGACAAGAAUCCAGUGUCAGAAAGUAUCUGCAUGCUUGCGGGACCUGACCUGAGGGCUGAGUUACAGAAGCUCAAAGGCUGUCGGACAGGGGAAGCAAAGUUGACAAAAGGAUUUAACCUUGCUGCCCGUUUCAUCAUUCACACCGUGGGACCCAAAUACAAAAAUCGAUACCGAACAGCAGCAGAAAGUUCCUUGUACAGCUGCUAUCGCAACAUUCUGCAACUUGCAAAGGAGCAAGCAACGUCCUCAGUUGGAUUCUGUGUGAUAAAUUCUGUGAAACGAGGUUACCCUUUAGUGGAUGCCACCCACAUAGCACUACGAACUGUCCGCCGAUUUUUAGAGAUACAUGGGGAAACCCUUGAAAAGGUGGUGUUUGCAGUGUCUGAACUUGAAAAGGAUACUUACCAGAGGUUGCUGCCUCUGUAUUUCCCAAGGUCACUAAAGGAGGAGAAACAGUCCUUGCCUUUCCUUCCAGCUGAUAUUGGCAAUGCUGAAGGGGAGCCAGUAGUGCCAGAGCGUCAGAUCAGAAUUAGUGAAAAGCCAGGUGUUUCAGAGGAUAAUUCUGAUGAGGAAGGACUAGAAGCAGAUUUGUCAUUUAUUGGCUCCCAUGCUUUUGCCCGCAUGGAGGGAGAUGUUGAUAAACAGAGGCGUCUCAUCCUGCAAGGACAGCUUUCAGAGGCCACACUACAGAAGCAACAUCAGCGAAAUUACAAUCGCUGGCUUUGUCGGGCAAGAGCUGAAGACCUGUCUGAUAUUGCUUCCCUUAAAGCUUUAUACCAAACUGGUGUUGAUAACUGUGGUCGCACAGUAAUGGCAGUGGUUGGAAGAAAUAUUCCUGUAACUCUUAUAGACAUGGAGAAGGCUCUCUUGUACUUCAUCCAUGUGAUGGACCACAUUGUAAUGAAGGAGUAUGUCAUUGUGUAUUUCCAUACUCUCACUAAUAUGUACAAUCACCUAGAUUCAGACUUCCUAAAAAAACUCUCUGACAUUGUUGAUGUCAAAUACAAAAGAAAUCUGAAGGCCUUGUACUUCGUCCAUCCAACAUUUCGUUCAAAGGUUUCAACAUGGUUUUUCACAACCUUUACUGUCUCGGGACUAAAGGACAAAAUCCACUAUGUGGAAAGCCUCCAACAGUUGUUCACAGCUAUUCUCCCUGAACAAAUCGACUUCCCCCCAUUUGUUCUUGAAUAUGAUACCAGGGAAAAUGGAACGUAUUAUUCUUAUCCAUCUUCUCCAGACCUCUGACUCUGCAGCUCUGCCAUUUCUGGUUUCUCAACCCCAUUCGUGCUGCUUACCUUACAUGCUGAGCUGACCGAAUCUAUUCACAGAGAUCAGAGAGAGGGAUUUCUUCCCCACCUCUGUUAUUUUUUUACGAUAAGAUAUUUGCAAGGGCACAAGCAAUCAAAACUCUUUUGCAAAUGAACUUGUGUUUUGAAUCCAUCCAUCCUGUGGAUAGGCAUAGUUUUUUUUUUCUUGAUAUCAAGGAUUUUUCCUCCCGUUAAUGCUGUUUUCCAGGAGAUCUCUGAACCAGGUUUUAAUCUAAUCUCUGCAAGUUCUUAGCUCUUCAUUCAGUGCCCUAUGUUAGACUGGCUUGGAAAAAAGAUACAGUAUCUGUUUAGCAGUGUUCUAUGGUCUUUGCGCUUUGAUCCACCUUCAGUGCUGAUACAUGUACAGAAUUCCUUGUAGAAAUUUCUGCACACACAGCAGAGUUCUGUUGUGAAUCCUGCAGCUACCACAAUGUUGAGCAUGCUACAUAGCUGGAAUCUGACUUUUUUGUCUCUCUUGCUGGAUGAUGUGAGAUGUAAGGGUGCUUCUGCUUUCCCACUAAAUAAUAAAAUUAAAGGACAUAUCAGGAAAGGCUCCUGUAGUUCAUACUACGUGUACACUUGUCUUAGGAUGUAUGGAUAAUGUUGAUUACCAUCUGGACUACAUGUUCGGGUGUUAAUAAUUAAAAUCUGUAUCAUUACAAUAGAGAAAAUCAAUGCAGCUUUUGUGCAAAAAUAAAUUAUUUUUAGUA